AAAUUAACCACAGAAUUUCCGGUGGCGACAGACAAGGUUGCAGAAAAGUUGAGUUCUACUCUCUCAUGGGUGAAGAACACAGUGUCACAUACAGUCAGCCAGAUGGCCAGUCAGGUGGCAAGUCCAUCUGCUUCCUUACACACUACAUCCUCGUCUACCACACUGUCAACGCCAGCCCUUUCACCAUCUUCACCGUCACAGUUGAGUCCAGACGACUUAGAACUCCUGGCUAAACUGGAGGAACAAAAUAGAUUGUUAGAGACAGAUAGUAAGUCUUUAAGAUCUGUAAAUGGAUCAAGAAGGAACAGUGGCUCCUCCCUGGUAUCAAGUUCAUCAGCCUCUAGCAACCUCAGUCACCUUGAAGAAGACUCUUGGAUUCUUUGGGGAAGAAUUGUUAAUGAAUGGGAAGAUGUGCGCAAAAAGAAGGAGAAACAAGUUAAGGAACUUGUUCGUAAAGGGAUACCCCAUCAUUUUAGAGCGAUAGUUUGGCAACUUUUGUGCAGUGCACAAAGUAUGCCAAUUAAGGAUCAGUAUUCAGAACUCCUGAAAAUGACCUCACCUUGUGAAAAAUUGAUCCGAAGGGACAUUGCUAGAACUUAUCCUGAACACAAUUUUUUUAAGGAAAAAGAUAGCCUUGGACAGGAAGUUUUGUUUAAUGUAAUGAAGGCAUAUUCUUUAGUGGAUCGUGAGGUUGGUUACUGUCAAGGAAGUGCUUUUAUAGUUGGAUUGCUGCUUAUGCAGAUGCCAGAAGAAGAAGCUUUCUGUGUAUUUGUUAAAUUAAUGCAAGAUUAUAGACUUCGUGAACUUUUUAAACCAAGUAUGGCAGAAUUAGGCCUUUGUAUGUACCAGUUUGAAUGCAUGAUACAGGAGCACCUUCCAGAGCUCUUUGUGCAUUUUCAGUCUCAGAGUUUUCAUACCUCAAUGUAUGCAUCAUCAUGGUUUCUGACUAUCUUCCUUACAACUUUUCCACUACCAAUUGCAACAAGGAUAUUUGAUAUCUUUAUGUCUGAGGGUUUAGAAAUAGUGUUUCGGAUAGGAUUAGCGCUUCUUCAGAUGAAUCAGGCAGAACUGAUGCAACUUGACAUGGAAGGGAUGUUACAGCACUUUCAGAAGGUCAUUCCACAUCAGUUUGAUGGUGGUCCAGACAAAUUAAUCCAGGCAGCUUACCAAGUCAAGUAUAACUCUAAAAAAAUGAAAAAGCUUGAAAAGGAAUAUACUACAAUAAAAACUAAAGAAAUGGAAGAACAAGUUGAAAUUAAAAGGUUACGAACAGAAAAUAGACUUUUAAAACAGCGCAUUGAAACGUUAGAAAAAGAAAGUGCUUCCUUGGCAGAUAGAUUGAUACAGGGACAAGUGACAAGAGCCCAGGAGGCUGAGGAAAACUACCUCAUAAAACGGGAGCUGGCCACCAUCAGACAGCAGAGUGAUGAGGCCAGUGCUAAACUGGAGCAAGCUGAAAAUACCAUCAGGAAGCUCCAGCACCAACAGCAAUGGAUGCAUGAGGACUCAAAGUGGUUUGCCUUAACUUCCAGUUUACUGUCUCUUCAUGGAAGCAUUCCUCCCUCAGGAACUAAGAAAUCUAGACCAGCAGAACAUAAUGUUGCAAAGCAAACAUUUUGUUGUAAUCCUCAUGCAUUGUCAUCAGAAGUAGAUUCCAUCUCAAGAAACCAUUUUGUUUGCUUAUCCAUGAAAAGGAACUCCUCGUGCAAGUUUUACCAUGAGUUUGCAGCAAGUCAUCUUCAGGCUCCACUUGUAGCUCUAAUUCUCUUGCUCUUUUUGUCACAUCUGUGCUUACUUCUGCCACUGGUCUUGAACACCUCCAAAUCAUCCAUGAAGCAUAAAUGCAGUUCCAACUACAAUGAAGAUUUUGUGCUACAGCUAGAGAAGGAAUUGGUCCAAGCCCGUCUGAGUGAAGCUGAGUCUCAGUGUGCACUGAAGGAAAUGCAGGAUAAAGUUCUGGAUAUAGAAAAGAGAAACAACUCCUUUCCUGAUGAGAAUAACAUUGCACGACUGCAGGAAGAGCUCAUUGCUGUGAAGCUGAGAGAGGCAGAAGCUGUUAUGGGCCUGAAGGAGCUUAGACAGCAAGUCAGGGAUUUGGAGGAACACUGGCAGCGCCACUUAGCUCGUACUACUGGGAGAUGGAAAGACCCACCUAAAAAAAAUGCCAUGAUUGAGUUACAAGAUGAACUGAUGACCAUCCGACUCAGAGAAGCUGAAACACAAGCCGAAAUAAAAGAAAUAAAACAGAGGAUGAUGGAAAUGGAAACACAGAACCAGAUCAAUAGUAACCAUCUUCGAAGAGCAGAGCAGGAGGUGGUCAGUCUCCAGGAGCAGGUGCAGUAUCUUUCCGCACAGAACAAAGGACUGCUCACCCAGCUGAGUGAAGCGAAGCGCAGGCAAGCAGAGAUUGAAUGCAAGAACAAGGAAGAAGUGAUGGCUGUGAGACUCCGGGAAGCAGAUAGCAUAGCAGCUGUUGCUGAACUACAGCAGCACAUUGCUGAGCUUGAAAUCCAGAAAGAAGAAGGAAAGCUUCAAGGGCAGCUUAACAAGUCUGAUUCUAACCAGUACAUUAGGGAACUGAAAGAUCAGAUAGCAGAGCUGAACCAUGAGCUCAGGUGCCUAAAAGGCCAGAGAGGCUUCUCCAGCCAACCCCCUUUUGAUGGAAUCCACAUCGUCAACCAUUUAAUAGGAGAUGAUGAAUCAUUCCAUUCCUCUGAUGAAGAGUUUAUAGAUAAUUCCUUGCAGGAAAGUGGCAUUGGUUUCCCUUUGCACAGAAAAUCUGGUCCAAUGUCUUUGGACCCUACUAUGGCAGAUGGGAGUGAAAGCGAAGCAGAAGACAGUGCACUGGGGACCAGAGAGGGCAGUCAAGUGGCUCAAAAGGAGCAGCCCCUGAGAAGAGCGUCGUACUCAACCACUGUCUGACCAUCACUGUGACCUAGACUGUGGAUUUUUUUUUAAGGGAUCAGUUAUCAUGACUAAGGGUUUUUGGAACAUAUCUGUUUCAUAUGUAUAUGUGUGUGUAUGUAUAUAUAAAUAUAUAUUUUACAGUCUUAUCUGCCUUUUUAUCUUUGCCAAAUCUUCACCACUGACUUACCAUUGCCAUAAAGUAGAAUGGAAUAUGGUUAAUGGGAAAAAUGAGGUUCUAACAGUAUUACUAAAUAUUAACAUUUCUUGUUUAGAAAAUGCAAUUAUAUCUAUAUGUGGGGAACCAUUUUGAAGUUCAGAACUAUGGAAAAUUGAAUUUUCUUCAGACAGAGCUGUUCUUGUGCAAUAUUUUAUGCUCAGUGAACAAAUUGUAUAUUUUUAUUUAUCAAUUUGUUUUCAGAGCAGCUGUCUACACACAUUUAACCAAGGCAUACAUCUGAGUUAUCUUGGUAUUUUGUGUUUGGAAACUUCUUUUUUUUUCCAACUAAAAUUACUGCUUUAUUAGUGGGCCAUUGAAAAUUCCCAAAUACAAAGCCUUUUUUCACAUAAUUUUAUAAACACAAGUUAAUGGUUGUCUUACGAAUUUUAAGUUUUAAUUUCAAAUUUUUAUGUGCAUAUGAUGCUUCCAUGUGUUGCCUACCAGAGUACUAGUUAGCUACAAAUACAUUGGGUUUUUGUACAUAUUUAUAAUUCUGUACCACCCAACACUGAACAUUUUAUAUGGAAAAUGUACUUGUUGAAAAAUGACUGCCUUCAGCAUUAUAACUGGAUCUCUGUAAAUAAUAGGUUAAAGAAAAUUGAAAACAAAACCAAACACUAAUAUUGCAAUAGCUUUAGUAUUUUACUUAUUAGCAUUCAGCACUAGCAAAUUCAUAACUGAUGCUUAUUCAAAGACACUAUUGGUGAAAUCUUUCACUUCAUGUGUAUGUAACUACUAAAUUUUUCUUGAUUAGAGAGGUUAUAGCAGGCAUCACUUAGUGCUAAUAUUCUACUUAAUAUAAUUUAAGCAAUGGACUGAGGUCCACGAUGCACAACAAUUAUAUCUGCAAAUAAUCUAUGAAUAUUAUCUUCAGAUUCUCUCUAGUUACUGAUCUAUAGAUGAAGCAAGCCAUAUGAAUCCGUUCCUACCAGUUCUUUAUCAUCUAGAUUUUUUUUUUUACCCUAGAAAACUGAUGCCUGUCAUUGAUAAAUUAGAGGAAACACCCAAACUUCAUUUCCACUAUGGAAAGACUCCAGAAAUGUGUUGGCUGGAUGCUUUCUACUUUUUAAUUUUCCUCAGCAGCUUAUGAAAAGAAAAUAAUCCUCAAGAAUAAGUGGAAGGCAGAAUUCAGUAAAUACAGAGGUAAAUUUUGUACAGUGUGUUGCAUGCAGGAAAAAAAAUACAUGAUAAAAUGGAAUAGAAGAGAAAAAAAUAGUUUUCUAAAACAAGGAGGUAAGCCUUAUGGUACAUUGUAAGCAAGGCUUUCCUAGCAAGCCCUUUGUAAGCAAGCUCUUGAGAGAGGAGAUUGAAAAGAUGCCUCCUGUGUCCAUAGCUCCAGGCUAAAUUCUAGUGAUUAAGUAAUUUACCUGUGGCCACAAGUUAGUAAAUAUCAGCUAAAGUUUUAAUCCAGAUCUCUCAUCAGAGCGUUUGAAAGAUCGCUCCAAAGCAUUUGAUAAGGCUCAGCUAAAUGAAUUUAUCAAUUCCCUGCUUUUCUGGCAAUUAAUGUGAUUUAAAUAAAUUUGACUUAAACUGUUUCCUGGAUAUAUUACAGAGAUAUAUAUCUAUAUAUACAGAUAUAUAUAUACAGCUUUAUAAUCUAUAAAGCUUAUGAAUGUAGGUACUACUAGAAUUGUCUGGUGCCUUUGGGAUUCUCUUUUUGGGUUCAUUGCUGUCAUUCUUGAGGUUGUUGAUGCCCAAGUGAAGUGAGAUGAUUUAUGGCCACAUGAUAGCUUUGACCCCCCACAUCAAGAAGUCUGAAUGGUCCAGCCCAUAAGCUAGUUCCAGCCAACAGCCUAUUUUUACAUGACCCACAAGCUAAGAGUGAUUUUUAUAUUUUUAAAGAGUUGAGGGGAAAAAAAUCACAUGAAAAUCAUAUGACCUUCAAAUUUCAGUGUCAAUAAAGUUUUAUUAGAGCAUACCCACGCUUCUUCAUUUGCAUAUUGUCUGUUACUGCUUUUGUGCUACAGUAGCACAGUAAAGUAGCUUAAAAUAUCUGUCACUUUAGAGAAAGUUUGCAGAUUUUAAUUUAGAUACUCUAACAUGUAGGUUUACCUCUUCAGUUUGUCUCAAGUAGAAGAUUUGCUUUUGCUAUUGAACUAAUGGUUUGGACCUAAAAUUUCCUGGUGGAUCCUAUACGUAAAACUGUUCAAAAUGGAGAGGGUGCCAGCUAUUUUAGAUUUUGAAGUGUUUGAAGACAUAGAAAAUUCGGAAGGAUAUCUAUGCCUUUGGAAAUGGAGGAAAAAAGGAAAGAAUUCCAGAAUCUUGGCACCAUUCUCUAAAGCAUGCAUCAUUGACCUUUAGGGUAUGCUUCAUUGAGUCAGUGUUAUAAUUUGAUUUUAAAAGUAUGAACAUCCUUUUAGAAUCAUGUUUCAAUUCUAAACUUUGAAAGAUAUCCUUAGAGAAUUUCCUAAGGACUGUUUCUGGUUAGGAAUUAGUUGUUAAGUAAACCUUAAUCUGUUGGGACUCUUGUAAUUUGAAUAGUGAAAAACUAAAAACAACAAUCUUUUCUUUCAAGAUCUUUGAUUCAGAUACUUCUUAGAAGGGUUUAAAAUCUUCCUGGCCUUUAGGAUGUAAUAGGAUAACUUGUUCACUUGAAAUAGAUUAUUUCUGGUGUCAUUGUCAUCCUGGGUUGAAAUGCUGAGAAGAGGUUACAAGUCACUUGAAUAAAGUGAAAAUUACAUUGAGGUGAUUAAGCAGAGACCUUACAGACCAAGAAAAUAUUUCAAUAGGCUAUUAAAAAAUAAGUGGAAAAAAUUUUUGUUCCUGGAAAAAUAUGUCAAAGAUAUAACUACAUGAUUUCUACCCUUUUUGUUGAUAGGGUUAAGCAUUCAGUGUUUGAUGACUAACUGAGAUCAAGUCCCAACCAACUGGCUGGAUAUAUGGGGAAGGAAAAAAAAACUUUUUCUUAGCUCUGAAUGCAGCUUGUUACUCUCCAGAUAGUGCCUUUGAUUGAAAACAAGGUCUAGACAUUUUUAAGUAUUUUAUUUCUGACAUCAUUAGAAAUGACAUGGUUCCUCAUGCUUCUUUUUCUUUACAUAAUGCACUAUAAUGUUCAGAUUUAAAGUAAAAUGGGUAUAUGAAUCGUGUUUUAAUAAAGCCCUUUCACGGCCAGCUUGAUUUUUGUAUAAGUACCAGGCAUCAACAACUAACAUUUCAUUAAAUCAGUGAUUUACUUUGUUAAAACAAUGAACUUUAGCCUGAAAGUUAUUGCUGCUCUGUCAUUAAUGAAACAAUAAGUUUUUUAGUUAAUUCAUUCUACUGAAAUUAAAUUUUCUGAUUAAAAAUGGAGUGAAUGCUAUUUAUAAUCCAAGUUUUUACAUUACAUCCAUUGAUCUGCCUAUACCUUCUUUUCAUUCCAAAGAAGAGAAGAUAGAAUAAUACAUUAAAUAUACUAUAGAGAUGCAAGAUUACUAUAAUGUAUUUCAUUUUACUGUUGGAAUUUCUUAUUGUAACAUUAUAUGAUAACCUGAAAUGUUUACUUGUGCCUUUGCUUUAAACAAUUAAAGUUUUCCAUUUUAUAAGAA